AUGGCGAAGGGUAGUGGUUUUGGAAAUCAGUUCAAAUUCGCGCAAGAGCACGAUGUCCCGAUCACCGCCCGGAUGCUGAAAACCGUUUGGUUCUGUUUGGGAGAUGACAAGGAAAUAAUCCAAGUCACAAUCGACCCUGGUGUCGAGGGAAACCCUUCUCAAUUAGUUCCGCUACCCGAAAGAGUCCCUAUCUUCUUAUUCUCUCAGCUAGAAUUACAGAAGCUUAUUACUAACGACAAGAUCCCGAAACAGUUAUCCGCAGCUUUGCUCCUCAUAGUCGAGACCCUAUCUGCGGAUUUCACCAAGGAGGGCGCAUUUCAGACGCUGUUUCGCUACACCGCCAUCGAAUCGAAGCGAACAUAUUUCCUGUUCGCCACAAUUAACUGCUGUAUGGAGUCACGCACCUAUACCAUCAACGAGCUGCUCCAGCUCAGAGACACGGUUUCUCGUACGAUUCCUCGUAAACUCCAGGAUAACCUUGAUGUUGUGGGUAUUGUAAAGGCUUCGUGCGAGACAAUGUCCACUCAGGCCCAACGCCUGAAAGGACACGAAGAUGUUUCUUCAUCUACGGAGAGCGACGAGAUCCUUUUCCAAGGGAAGAAGUCGCGUCGUACUCAGUGGGACUAUCGAGGUCGUGUCGCUUCCGAAAAUGCCCCGAAGCAGCCGAUUUGUGCGCCCGCGGAGCCUCUAGCUCAGCAGAGUGAAGGUUUCCAGAAGUUCUUCAAAGCGGUUACUUCGCCAACUCAUAUUCGAGUUACUGCUGGAGGUCGGAUUGUACCUAACACUCGUGGCUCGGUAUCCCCUACUGCAAAGUGGGACAAGGAUCGCUCGGUCGCCGGCGCACAUAACUCCACAGAGACGUCUAAUAAUGAGAAGCCCGAAGCAAGCAACGGCAUCGGAGGCCACGGACCUCAUCCACUGAUCUCGCCAUUGUUUCCUGGCCACCCUGGAUUUUUCCAGCACAUGGGCUUGCCUAUGCCAAUGUAUCCAUUCCCUCCCCCUGGUGUUCCUAUGGGAUAUGGUACGCCGCCUCCCCAUUUUGUUCAUCCUGCAAUGAGACUACCUCAGUUUACACCGAGCCAGCAGAGCAAUGAGGAGGCAACGAAGGAAGUUAAGACCCAGGAUGGCGCUGGCGAUAAGAAACCGCGACCGUCGCCCAUUAAGAUUGCACCUCGAGAUCAAUUUGAGCCUAAUCGGCCGUUUUACUCCAACGGCAACGUAAUCUAUCCUGCGCCGUAUGGACCCGGCCAACCGAUGCUGGUGCCGAAUCCAUACUUUCCGCAUGGCAUGAUUAGUUCGCCGGCAUUUGCUACCCCUAAUGUAGGCUCCAUGGGUUCUAUGAACCAACCAUCCCCGGCUGCACCAACUUUUGGUCCUCCUGUAAUGGCUCCUCGAUUUCCCGGCCCUCCUAGCACGGGUGGUAGCUCUCACCCAAUGCAACCACCGCCCAUUCCCAACCAAGGAAUGUUGCAUCAUCCGCAUAUAACAUCGAUUCGGCCUAGCGAAAUUACGAGACGCCAGAUUGAUACACUCCGAGAGUCGCUAAAAUACCAUGAGAACCAAAAGCAUUUCAACAAGCACCAGAUUGAUGAAAAGUGGACCGAUGAAGAGGCUGAGAAGUUGCGAAAUGACUUGCAACGAUUUGAAACUACCUACCAAAACCAGCUCAUUUAUGAGGCUACGUAUUAUCCCCCCAAGGAUAUAGCUGCUAUGGAGUCAGUUCAGCAGGGACAGCAUUGGAAAAUUCCCUCGGGACAAUCGAGUGUUAAGAGUUUCCGAGGAGCUAACGCUUCCGAAAAUAGCUCGAUCACUGCUAGCGAUCGUGGCCGCGGCAUCUCUCAACAACUCCAUUGGUCUGAGAGAUUCGCCUCGAAGUCUGAAAAGACAUGGAAGCCUGCGGCAGUUGGCCUCAACUCUAACAAUGGUGCCAAUAUUCCGUUUGCUUCGGACCCAGUUUUGGAAUCGUGCAUUCAUGACAAGGGCAAAAGAGAGCCCGCCACAUCUGACUCGUCUAAGAACGUCGAAUCAACCUCUAACAGUAAUGGAAUCCGCUUCCCAACCUUUACAUCUCAGUCUGAGGGUCCCGGCUCUGGAGCACGAAUUGGUCUUCCUGGAUCGUAUGGUCUCAAUCAGUGGCUGCCUGCGGGUUCGUUGCCGUCGAACCAGCAAGGUAAUUGGAACGCUGGCAACAUGUACGGCCGAGUACCGUACCUCAUCGGGACACUUCCACAAGGUGUUGACCCGCGUGUUUCUCGUGAUUACGUCUAUGCGCGUGAGUUGACUCCGGAAGAGAAGCUUGCUCGGGUCAAUUACUGGGGUCAGAUUCCGAGCGGAGGAUUGCGUUUGCCGAAGUUCGAUGGUAAGGAUUUCUAUCCGCCCUCUCCUGUAAAAUCUCAAUCGCCUUUGCGAAGAGAGCUUCCAAUCGGUCGACAGGGCGAGUUUGGUUUCCAGAAAACAAGCAAGGCAAUCCCUAUUGUCGCCCCGAGUGACGCCGGCCGAAAUGGUGAUGUGAAGGCAGUGAAGAUUUCGGCGUCGCGAGUAGAGGACGGUGUACAGGAUAUAGGCAAACUGAUGGAAGGUGUCGGUAUUGCUUCAUCGACAAAGUCAUCCGAAGGCUCUGUCGCUCGAAAGAUGGAGAACACGUCGACCAGGCGUGUCAUUGAGAGAUCUAGUAACAAAUCUGGUAACGACCUCUGGCAAACUAUGCUGAAGAAAGGCUCGACUAGUGGAAUGGCCCUCCCUGGUGCGAUCUCAUCAACCACGGCUACAGGAUAUUUACCUCCCCUCAAUGGUUACGCAGCUGCGUCGCUCAAUCCGUCAAUCUCCAACGCAGCGGCUCGUGCCUUAGGCGAGUCCGGAGACAAGGUGGCCGAUUACAGUAGCCAGCCACCUGCGUCGAAAACAGGGGAGAACCGUCCCCCCAAUGGCACACGCUCUGAAGAUAUCGACACCUUCAGAGAUGGCCAGGAGCAAAAGCUCCGCCGCGUCGUCGGAUCCGAGAAUCUCCGCUAA